AUGAUUCGUUAUAUUGAUACCGCUUGGCUAAGUCGAUCCUUCAGCAUAUCUGUUCGUCAGCUCACGAAGAGUAGUCGCAUUGAUACGAGGAUAGACCCUCCCCUGAGUGAGAUGCAGUUCCCUAAGAUAAUUGAUGAGAGCAGUCUCAGCGAUGAACAGAGGCAGAAAUUGAUCACGGAAAAGCUGGAAAUGUCCAAGAAAAUGAAACAGUUUUCCCGAAAACAGCAGGAAGAGAUAGAGAAUAUCUCGUCGCAACUCUAUACACCGAGAAACCCUCUAGAAGAGCCAUCAAAGGCAGACCUUAUCAAGCAGAGAAUAGCGUCUAUAGAAAAAAGACUCGAGGCCCAGAAGAGGCGUGAAGAGCUACAUUUACUGGUAUUGAAGGAGAAGCAAAAGGAGUUACUUAAGCCACAGAUACGUGACUUUAAGAGACCAAUUGCAUCAUUUUUACUACUUGCCAUGGCUACUUACAUGGCAUUGCAAUACAUGUGGUUCUCUUUCGAAGGAGAGGAAAAUGUCAGAGACAAGGAGAACUUGACUAGAAAAUACGAAGAGAAAAUACAGCAGCUAUUGGACGAACAGAGAGAGUUGGUAGAUAGAAAGGAAGACGAGGAAAAGAAGAAGAAGAAGCAGUGGUGGCUUUGGUGA